AUGCCAAAAACUGUCAAACUCUCAUCCCGUCCCGCGUUCGGCCGACGAAUUCCAGAUGCUACGUCAUCAGACACUCCGCGUGUCUGCGUCUCCACCUAUCUCCUUGAUCCCUCGUCGGACACCCGGUCGGGCUCUUUGUGCAUCCUAAAAGCUGAAAAAAACCAGGACCUGGUGCUGGAAAACGAAAUCAGCACGUCGGCAGGCGUUUUUCGCUUCGACUUUCGGAAUCCGUCGACCGUGGUGGCCGCGUUGACCAACGGAUCGCUUGUCGUGCAAAAAAUCGAGGAGCCAACAUCAUCGGAAACGACGCCAGUCUCGUCGGAUAUGCUUCUAGAUUUGGGUCUUUCCGAUUCGUCGCUAACAAUCACGACAGAUAAUAAAGGCCACGCCUACUUGGUAGACCUGAAUACGUCGCUGAUCGUUGCCACGUGGCUUGCCCAUUCGCUACCGUAUGUCCCGGGCGAGGGAUGUGAAGUUUGGUCGUGUUCGGUGACGCCAGAUGCACAAACUGUAGUCACCGGCGGAGAAGAUGGGUCGAUGAAGUUAUGGGACGCGCGAAGCAAAACCCAAAUCUCCCAAUCGAAAAUCUUCGGCGCCGGCGUCGUUUUUGUGGAUUUUCCCGCCGAAAAUCGCGCGGAAAAUCAAAUCUACACCGGAUCCUACGACGAGAAUUUGCGCGUUUUCGAUCGUCGAAACCUGAAAACCGUGUUAAAAGAGAAGAAGCUCCCCGGCGGCGUUUGGAACAUUGAACAAGACGACAAGGAGCAGCAGCUGUGUGUGUCUUGUAUGUACGGUGGCUACAGUAUUCUGAAUUCAGAAUCGCUCGACGUUGUCUACGAGAAUCGAGACGUCGGAAAGAAUUUGUUGUAUGGAGCGACGAGGAUUUCCCGAAAUUCGACGAUUUUCUGUACUUUUAACGAUUAUUUAGUGGUUCUGGACGAGUUUUGA